UCGAGAUUUUGGUGGAAUUUAGUUAGUGGAUCGGAGGAUAAGGAGGAUAGCGGAUGGUGUCCGAUAUUCAUUGGAUAGUAACGGUUAGUGACGGUUGCGAUUACUUGCGAGUGAUUUCUGGGCAGUUUGAAUCUAGAACCGCCGCUUCACUGCUUUGUAAAAUUUAUAAUGAAAAAUAUAUCGACUGUGAAGGUCGAGUUGCUUACGAAUGAAGCGGUGUCACAGUAUAUACUUUGGAUCAGAUUAAACCGGUACUGGAAGAAUAGAUCAGUCAAGUUUCUACAAUAGAGUAUUGUAGUGUUCAUUUGGUAAAGACUUACAUUAAAUUCGUUAUGUUUAGUCUAGUAGAAUCGUUAGCCAAACGGCGUCAUAGGGCUUUCAGGAAAAUGCGAAAAAUGUAAUAAACCAGAAUGCAUUGCGCAUAAUUCAAUAACAUAAUACAGAACAUGAAAUAUUGUUCUAAUCCAAUAUAUUUCUCAUUGCGUAACCUAAUAUAUACAUCUCAGUUACUACAAAACCGUAAUCAACUUACGAGCUUACUGUUAACUCAUUGCACUGGACAAUAUUUUCCGUGAUACACAUUCGAGAUGGAUCAAGAGAGGAGCGCGGAUAGCUUUACUGUCACGCAGUUGAAGGAGAUAUUGAAAAGGCUAGAUCUAACGACGGUUGGAAUCAAGAACGAGCUAAUAGAGCGGUUGAACGAGCAAGAUCCGUCAGGCGCGUGGAAGCUGCUGGAGACAACCGGCGGUACGCAAGAUUACGUACAACAAGAAUACGAAGAAAAGCUUAGGGCUAUGGCGGAAAAAAAUGGACAGGCGGAGAGCCGAUUAAAUCAAGCUCAAGAAAUGAUUUGACGUUUGGAGGAGCAGCUGAAAUCGUUACAAGCUGCCAAGGAAGAGUUAGAAGACCGUCAAAAGGAACUUACGGUUAUGCUGGAAAAACUUGAACUUUCACAUGAAAUGGAGGCAGCAGAACGUACCAAACUGGAACAAGAAAUGAGAGCCAAGCAAGAAGAACGCAUUCAAUCUGAAGUAGGAGCAAAGGAUGCAGAAGCAAGAAGUCUACAAGAGGAAUUCGAAACAGCUGAAUUGACGCAAGAAACAGAUAGAGUGUAUGAGGAUAGUAGUGCAACACCGCAUCAACAUCGUGUUGAAUCAAUGAUCGAUCUAGUUGAAGCACAACGCAUUUUAGCAGAAAGAUUUGAGCGUCUUAAGGAAUUACAGAAGAAUCUUCCAGAGUCACGCGAUGAGUCGAAGGAAACUGUUGCGGAUCAAAUUCACAGGGAAACCUUACGUCAAGGACGUGACACGUAUAAAACGUGUUUUGAAAUUCGCAAAGGCAAUACCAAGCGUUGCGUCGAUGAAUUUGAAACGAUGUAAAUUACAUUCUCAUCUGCCUAUAUGCUUGCUCAUUUGCAAAACGCACAGAUUCUCUAAUUGAACUAUACAAAGCCCUAUGUUUUAGAAAGGUUGUCAAGAAAAUAUUGUUUUAUAAUAUUCUCUUUUCGAAAUGCUUUGAAAUCUAAGCCACUUCGAGUUUAUAAUGAUCUAUUAUAUGAUGUAUUAUUCUCUUAUAUUUUAUGAUCAUAUGUAUCACAAUUAGAAUAAGGAAUUCAUAAAUUACAAUACGCUACUAACUAUUAAAGUUACGUUCAUAAAGUCGGUUAGAUCACCAUAAAAUAAAUGCCUCCGUGUCGGGAUGCUCCAUCCCGUGGGAGCACAUACGUGAGCAAGGCUGCCAUAACGGUAAAAUUUUGAUUUAACCCCUUGUAUCUCGUUGGUUCUGCUAUGGACACAUAAUACACGUUACAAAUCUCAUGACUGAUUUCAAAUGAUAAAACUCUUCUUUUCACUCGAAUAAAGUAAAUUGAUGAAAAAAAUUAAAAUACGCGAAUCCAUGAAUAUCUGUAAAAUAUCUUUUCCAAAACAAAAUGUUAGGUUCUUGAACGUUUCGCUAUAGAAACGAAAAAUAAACACUUGGGCAACCUAAAAAGGACUACGACCAUAACCUUCCCCAUUAACUACAAUUGAACUCAUUUAACUGAUCUUAUUGAAAACGUUGUUUUAUCAAACCAAGAAAGCUAUUUGACAGAUUGAAAAUAACCCAAAUUCAAGAUUCGCUAAGCAACAGAAGAAACAAUAAACAAAAUACAAGGGAAUGCGUUGCUAAGGGAAAAGCAGGAGAUCUUAUUCGGUUAGUUAAGUGUUAAUGUAUGGAAAAUGUUCGGAACGCAAAGGGUUAACACUAGAAGUAAAGGGGUUAACAUAGAUGGGCCAGAAUGACCCAUUCCUGAUUUCUUUUUAUACAAUUACUGAGGAGGUACAGAUACUUCUGUGAGAAAUCGUUAAAGAAGCUGAGUUAGUAAUACCUACACUGAACUAUAAACCAAUUAAAAUCUUAAUAAAUAUACAGUUAUAAGUUUCAUAAAGAAAUUUGGAAAAGUCAGUUUAACACGUUCGCUACCAGCGUUUAUUUCGGUGAGGACCUCCCCAACUGUAACAUUUUCUUCAAUCCAAUAAAUCUUCUGAAUAAAAUAUCGAAAAAAUGAAACUGGAACAAGUUAUUAAUUUCCUAAAUAUAAUGCCAUAACUUUUAACUUUAAAUAAAAAUAUUUAUAAGAUUAAUUUCAUGUGCUUCCUGUAAAAUAUAAGCUUGUGCUCGUCACAAAUACGUGACGCUGGUAGCAGCAAACGUGUUAACACUAGAUCUACUGACAUUUACUGUACAGUUUGUUCCAUUGUUCUUAGAAACAUUGUUAUCCGCUCGCUUAGAUCUUAGAAAUUAGAGGUUCAACAGUAGACAGUUAAGAUACAUAUUUGCAUAACGUUAAUAAAAACUAACCCAAACAUUUACCAAAUACUUAUAAAAUUCAAUAUGAGUCGAAUCGACUCGUUCCGUAAAUCUAAUGUUAACUGCUUGGUAGUUCUAGUGUUGAUACCCACAUGAAGUUCUCCCGGCAGCUAAUCCACGCGAAGCUGCACGGAACCAAACCUAUUUCAAUAAUUGUAAAACCACUGAGUCACGUCGACUCGUCUGGUAGCAGGGUGGU